AUGUCCACGUGGAAGGCAAGGCUGGCUGAAAGACUGAAGUCUCCGUCUGCAAGGAUGCAUCCGUUCCCAUGCUCGGCUCUGCUUGCUUGUUUUGGGAACACAAGGGAGACUGCUCCCUUAGAUCAGGCCAGCGCAGCUGAAACCUGUUCCACCAUCCAUGUUCAGCCCAAGGCCAAAGCAGACCGACACCCAAGUCACCCGCGAGGUGAAGAAGGCACUGCAGAGAAAAGGCAAGAUUCAGGUGCCCAUUCAGAGACAAAUGGCAGCACAAACCGGAAUUCAAGCAACCACUCUGCCGUCCAGCCCGCUGACACCCCUGAGGAUCUGCCUGGGUCUCCGGAUGGAGGAUCAGUUCAUGAAGCAGUUACUUUUCAGCCUUCUAUUCCCAGACCAUCAAUUAUUGAAAUGCCAGAAGAAGAGGGAUCCCCAAGAGAACCACAGUGCCUUGGGGUGGAACCGAAGAUGGCAACAGACAGCCCACUGGAGGAUUCUGACCCCAAGGACACGUAUCUCAUCCCGAGAAACAUCAUGGCCGAGCCAGACUAUAUAGACGAUGACAAUCCCGAGCUCAUUAGGCCUCAGAAACUAGUCAAUCCUGUCAAGACAUCCCGGAACCAUCAAGACCUUCACAGAGAACUUCUUAUGAAUCAGAAAAGGGGUCUUGCCCCUCAGAAUAAACCAGAACUGCAGAAAGUGAUGGAAAAGAGAAAACGAGAUCAAGUAAUAAAGCAGAAGGAAGAAGAAGCACAAAAGAAGAAAUCUGACUUGGAAAUAGAACUAUUAAAACGGCAGCAGAAGUUGGAGCAGCUUGAACUUGAGAAACAGAAAUUGCAAGAAGAGCAAGAAAAUGCCCCAGAGUUUGUGAAGGUUAAAGGCAAUCUCAGAAGAACAGGCCAAGAAGUGGCGCAAGCCCAGGAGUCGUAG